AAUGACGUGAACUUAAAGCGCCGGAAGUAGGUUUUUGGUCGCUGGACGCGAGGUUUUACGGUGGUUUGAAAACUGGAGAAAAUGGCGGUAGAAUCCCGGGUGACCCAGGAGGAGAUUAAGAAAGAACCUGAGAAACCCGUGGACCGAGAGAAGACAUGCCCUCUUCUUUUGAGAGUGUUUACUACAAACACUGGUAGACAUCACAGAAUGGAUGAAUUUGCCAGAGGAAAUGUCCCAUCCAGUGAGCUGCAGAUCUAUACCUGGAUGGAUGCAACCUUGAAAGAACUAACCAGCUUAGUUAAAGAAGUCUACCCAGAAGCUCGGAAAAAAGGCACUCAUUUCAAUUUUGCUAUUGUUUAUCCAGAUCCCCAACGACCUGGUUACAGAGUAAAGGAGAUUGGUAGCACGAUUUCAGGAAGAAAGGGAACAGAUGAUGCCAUGACUCUACAGUCUCAGAGGUUCCAUAUUGGAGAUUAUCUGGACAUAGCGAUAACUCCUCCUAACAGAGCACCGCCCCCUCAAGGGCGCAUGAGACCAUAUUGAGUGUUGAGGAUAUGUGGAUUUUUUUUGUCAAUUUAUAUUUUUUUCCCCAUGAACUUUUUUU